UAGACAAUGUCAAACAAUGCUAGAAAUAUGGUAUGACGUGCCCGAAUUAAACGAAAAAAAGUCCUUAAUUCGUUACAAUGAUUUGAAAUUUUAACUAUUGAGUCAUAAGAAUACGCGUGGAUUUAUUUACUAUAUGCUCCUAACUAGAUCUGAAAAUCAUGUUCGUUAGUUUGAAGAGCAAAAACAUGGAUGAUAAUGAUGAAACGCAAAUUGAUAAGCAGAAGGAGGUUGAAAUGGGAGCAAUUAAUAUUGCAAAUGAUGGUGCACUUGUAGAUGAUGAUGGCAAACCAAAACGAACAGGUACAACAUGGACGGCAAGUGCGCAUAUCAUAACGGCAGUGAUUGGUGCUGGUGUGCUGACUUUACCAUGGGUGAUGGCUCAAUUGGGAUGGAUCCUUGGUGUUUUAUACAUAAUAAUCAUAGCUCUUGUCACACUUUACACUUCAAAUCUUCUAGCUGAUUGUUACAGAACACCAGACCCUGUCACUGGCAAAAGGAAUCACACUUACAUGGAGGCUGUUAAAACAAUUUUAGGUGGUAGAAUGCAUUUGAUAUGUGGAAUUGUUCAAUAUGUUAAUCUUAGUGGAGCUGCAAUUGGAUACACAAUAACUACAUCUGUAAGCGUGGUGUCAAUCAGAAAACUUAAUUGCUUCCACAAAAGGGGAACUGAUGCUCCAUGUCAUUAUUCUAAUAAUCCAUACAUGAUUGGCCUGGGAAUUGUUGAAGUAUUUUUGUCCCAAAUACCCAAUUUUCACAACUUGUCUUGGCUCUCAAUAGUAGCUGCAGUCAUGUCUUUUGGUUAUGCAUUUAUUGGUAUUGGUCUUUCUCUUGCUACCAUCAUCCAAGGGAAAGGAAAGAGUACCUCUUUAAUAGGAGGAACCAAGGAGCAAAAUUCAGGAGACAGAGUGUGGAAUAUGCUCAUUGCAUUGGGAAAUGUUGCACUUGCUAGCAGCUAUUCUCAAAUUGCUAUAGAUAUUCAGGAUUCAUUAAAGUCAUCACCACCAGAAAAUAAAGUGAUGAAGAUGGCAAACAAAGUAGGAAUAUUUGCAAUGACAAUAAUCUUCCUCUUAUGUGCUUGCUCUGGCUAUGCUGCAUUUGGUUCAAACACUCCAGGAAGCAUUCUAAUGGGCUCUGGCUUUAAAGAGCCUUUUUGGCUUCUUGAUUUAGCUAAUUUCUUCCUUAUUGUUCAUUUGGUUGGAGCAUAUCAGGUAAUUGUCCAACCUAUUUUUAGUGUGGUUGAAAUGUUGGUUGGUCAAAGGUGGUCAGAAUCAAGUUUCAUUAAUAAAGAGUACAUAAUGAGCAUUGGAAAAAUGAAGUUGAAUUUCAAUUUAUUUAGGCUAAUUUGGAGGACAAUAUUUGUGACAAUAGUGACUGUUUUGGGAAUGGCAAUGCCAUUUUUCAAUGAAAUGCUUGCACUUCUUGGAGCUAUGGGAUAUUGGCCAUUAACAAUAUAUUUUCCAGUUCAAAUGUAUAUUACCAAACAAAAGCUUAGGAGACCAACAAUCAAAUGGUUUGGACUUCAAGCAUUGAACUUUAUUUUUAUGUUAGUGUCAUUAGCUGCAGCAUGUGCAGCCAUUCGUGGGUUGCAUGAAGCGUUUCAUAAAUACAAGCCCUUUAUGUAUAGAGUAUAGUUUAAGUUUUUAGAUAAGCUUUUAUUUAAGCUCGUACAAUCUCCCAAGUUUAAAUGUUCAAUACUAGAUUAUUACAUUACUAGGAGAAGUCAAAUUUAGAAUUAUUUGUUUUUUUUUUA